CCCCGCCCCUCGGCGGCUCCAGGUGCGGCUGUGGGACCUCGGACCGCGGCGGGGCCAGGGCCAGAGCCGGGGCCGGGGCGCCAUGGCCGAGUCCCAGCUGAACUGCCUGGACGAGGCGCACGUGAACGAGAAGGUGACCGAGGCGCAGGCCGCCUUCUACUACUGCGAGCGGCGGCGGGCCGCGCUGGAGGCGCUGCUGGGCGGCGGCGAGCAGGCCUACCGCGAGCGGCUCAAGGAGCAGCAGCUGCGGGACUUCCUCUCCAGCCCGGAGCGCCAGGCCCUGCGCGCCUCCUGGAGCCCCUAUGAGGACGCCGCCCCCGCCGCCAACGCCCGGGGCAAGAGCAAGGCCAAGGCCAAGGCCCCCGCGCCGGCGCCUGCUGAGUCCGGCGAGUCCCUGGCCUACUGGCCCGACCGUUCCGACACCGAGGUGCCUCCGCUGGACCUGGGCUGGACGGAUACUGGUUUCUAUCGCGGCGUGAGCCGGGUCACCCUCUUCACCCACCCCCCUAAGGACGAGAAGGCGCCGCACCUCAAGCAGGUGGUCAGGCAGAUGAUCCAACAGGCCCAGAAGGUCAUUGCUGUGGUCAUGGACCUCUUCACUGAUGGUGAUAUCUUUCAAGACAUUGUGGAUGUUGCCUGUAAGCGCCGGGUCCCAGUGUACAUCAUUCUGGACGAGGCGGGAGUGAAGUAUUUCCUGGAGAUGUGUCAGGACCUGCAGCUCACCGACUUCCGGAUUCGGAACAUCCGUGUCCGCUCUGUGACAGGCGUCGGCUUCUAUAUGCCCAUGGGGAGGAUCAAGGGGACCCUGUCAUCAAGGUUCCUGAUGGUGGAUGGUGACAAAGUGGCCACUGGAUCUUACAGGUUCACCUGGAGUUCCUCCUACGUGGACAGGAACCUCCUCCUGCUCCUGACAGGGCAGAACGUGGAGCCCUUUGACACAGAGUUCCGGGAGCUGUACGCCAUCUCCGAGGAGGUGGACUUGUACCGGCAGCUGGGCCUGGCGGGCAGGAUUGGCCUCCACUACUCCUCCACUGUGGCUCGAAAGCUCAUCAACCCCAAGUACGCCUUGGUGUCAGGCUGCCGCCACCCACCUGGGGAGAUGAUGCGCUGGGCUGCCCGGCAACAGCGGGAGGCAGGCGGCAACCCGGAGGGGCAGGAGGAUGGUGGCAGCGGUGGUGAGUCGGCCCGGCGCCUGGAGAGCUUCCUGAGAGACCUGGUUACGGUGGAGCAGGUGCUGCCCCCUGUGGAGCCCAUCCCCUUGGGAGAGCUGAGCCGGAAGGAUGGCAAGAUGGUCUCUCACAUGCACAGAGACCUAAAGCCCAAAUCCCGAGAGGCACCCAGCCAAAAUGGCAUGGGAGAAGCAGCCCGGGGUGAGGCCGCCCCCGCCAGGCGCUUCAGCAGCAGGCUCUUCAGUCGCCGAGCCAAGAGGCCCACGGCGCCCAACGGCAUGGCCAGCUCCGUCUCCACUGAGACUGUCCCUGAAGUGGAGUUUCUGACAGGGAAGAGGCCCAACGAGAAUUCCAGUGCUGACAUCUCAGGUAAAACAAGUCCCAGUUCUGCCAAGCCCAGCAACUGCGUGAUUUCCUGAGCUGCGGGAUGGUGGUGGGCAGGACGUGUGGAUGUUCGCCUGCCCUGUCCUGUGUCAUGGAGAGCUCAGGUCGCACACUGCACCAGUUUGCACAUCAGACUCCAACUGGCCUCCUGCCUUGCAGCCUCUGUCCUGGUCUCAGGGACCCUGGAUCCCAAAUGAGAGGGUCCGAAGCAUCUCAGUUACACGCCUCCACCAGACUGUCGGUGACUGGGCAGGGGUCAGUGCCACGGCCUCCUUGUUUACAUGAAGUGGAAGCUUGACCAGUGUCUGCUCGCCUUUGUGCCCCGCCCCCUCCGCUGGUCGCCAGAUGGGGUGAGGGCCAUUCUUUAAACCUUAAUGGGAUGGGGUAUCUGGGGCAGCCGCAGUGGCUUCUCCUUUCCCAGGCUUCCUGGUGCUUCUGGUUCCCCCCACUGCUCCCCACCCAAGAGAUUGGUGGAAUAAAAGGGAAGAGGGCGGGACCCUGA